CUUAGGUAAAAUUAAACUCAUUUGAAGUUCGCUAAUAUGUUUCAUUUUCAAACCAUUAAAAUGUCGUUUGGACAUAAGCCAGAUAUUGUUUCAACAUUAAAGGUAAACCAGUACAGGGAUGGACUCUCCGGUAAUUUAUAUUUUUUAAAUUAAUUUCUGACCGUCACAAAAUGUCGGUAGAAAUAAUUUUGCUAUACUAAAUUAUUGCAGAAUAAAAGUUGUUUUAGCCAGUUUAACAAUCAUACCAACCAAUUAUAGUAAUUUGUCACAUAUACUAUAUAAUUCAUUAUACAAAGUAUUGAAGUCUAGUUCGAAAUGUUUUUAAAGUGUGCCCUGAUACUUAAUUUCUAAAAUUGAUUAUUUAAAUACGACCCUGUUCACAAAUCCAUCACUAUUUCACUAUUGAGCUUCGUGACGUAGAAUCUGGCGGCGUUUCUGCGCGCGGUCAUUGUCAAAUCUAUAUUCAUACAUCCCAUACAUCCGUAUUUAGUUGCCAUUCGAGAGACGUAAUACUUGGAGGGAAAUUUGAUUGAAAACAAAGUUUGGUAUAUUUUAUAUUAUAAAAUGGAAAACAAUUUAGUAAAUUCAAUAUUAAUUUUAUAUAAGGAAAGAAAUUGGAGAUCUAUAGUGUCAGAAUAUCAUGAUCAUCCAGACAGAAGUAAAUUAUUAUGGGUCUUUCCUGACGAGAAGAAUUUUGACUUUUUACGAGAUGGUGUUAUUGAUAAUGGAUGCGAUAGUAUUAUAAGUGUUGGAUGUGGUAGUGGACUUUUAGAAUGGAUGAUUAUUGAAGCAACUGGUUUACCUGUAACAGGGAUUGAAGUUGACAGUGCUUGGUGGCAAUGCAAAUAUGCACCACCAACAUUUAUUCCAUUAAUUUUAACAUCUCCAACAAUAGAUAACUCAACAUCAUCUUUAUUGCAAAAUGCGAAAACUAGUGCUUUGCUAUUCUGUUAUUUUAAUAGUCGUAUAGCAUUCGAUGAAUAUUUGAAGCAUUACUCAGGACAUCUGCUAGUGAUUAUUGGUCCAGGUUAUGGUAAAGGAGUACAUACAGAUCCAUCGCCAUUUGACGAUCUGGGAGAAGAAUGGAUAUUAUAUAAAUCACAGGAAGUUAGGAAUAGUAAAGAUUACAUCGCUUUUUAUAAAAGAUUGAAAAAGAACGAAAGUAAUUAUACGAAUGGUUUUUAAUAAUAUUUUAGUUUCAUUUUGUAUUGAUGUAUGUGACCCAAGUCCAUCCCUGUUUCAUACAGGACCAAACAUUAAUGUAUUUUUUUAAAAGUUUGAUUGAAACGAUUUUAUUAAACUAUCUAUAACAGUCUU